UGUGCCAUGAACGGACUGAUAGCCCAAACGCGGAAAGUUCUUGUUGCUGGUUGUCCCGUGCUCGUCGUUUCGUCGUCAUUCGCGCUUAGUGUGUUGCGUUCCGACGCCGUGUGAAUCUAGUUUUUUUUUCGCGAAGAAAAAAAAUAUACGAAUCGUUAUUUCCGUGUGAGACGAGCUCUUGGUUUGAUGUGCCGGUUUAUGUCAACUGUCACUGUUACGGUACGGUUGACCGGAGCUCGGUACCCGUUCGAGAACUGGCCAGUGGUAGAAGGAGUGCGCGUGUGUUCUGUGUUGUCGUAGAAAGAAGCAACCCAGUGGAGCAGCAAAAGUCAAUCCCUUCCUUCCUGUUGCAGGGGGAUCCUUUCCCGGGUCGUGGUCCAGUGAUUAUGUGCUCGUAAAAGUGGUCAUCCAUGGUAGCACUCAGCAGUAAACAGUCGAUUUUCGGGAUCAAUGUCGCUGUGGAUGAGAGAAGAUGAGACGUUACUACUGGUAAGGAUAACCGUCAGCCAUUAGACUUUUGGAUCAUCAGAUGUGUAUCAGAAAUCAAAGCAAGCGAAAUACCUCAUAUUCAGAAAAAAAUUUAAAUAAAUCGUAGCAAUCGUGGAGUGAACACUCAACACACCUAACUAAAUCUAGGGAAAGUGCCUUACAGUACCGAAAAGCAGGAAUACACAAGAUUUUAACAACAACAACAACAGAUCAACCGAUAGUACAAAACUAUAUCGAAAAUCUUUGAAUAAUAAACAUAAACUCAGUAGUGAAUAGUGUGUGUCUGUGUGUGGACAAGCGCACUGCUAGGUGGAUUAACCAUUGCUAGUAAUCGAUCAAAAGCCAGCAAAGUUGGAGCCGACAGCGAGAUUCAUCGGUACCGAUUUGUUGCCCAAGUUUAGCAACAAAUCUUUGGGCCUCGUUGGCCCACCACCUCCACCACUACCAUCAACAGUUCAGCUUUUUCUGCCGCCGCAGCCGCUGCCGCCGCCGAAGCAGACACCGCCUUCGCAAGCGCAAUCGGAGGACACGCGAAAGGCAACCACCAUCAAGAUGGAACCAGAAAACCAAGCCCAACAGUACGGCGAAGUGAACCAACUCGGCGGCGUGUUCGUCAACGGACGCCCGCUCCCCAACAGCACCCGGAUGCGGAUCGUCGAACUGGCCCGACUUGGCAUUCGACCCUGUGACAUCUCCCGCCAGCUUCGCGUCAGCCACGGUUGUGUGUCGAAAAUCCUCGCCCGCUACCACGAAACCGGUUCGAUACUACCCGGAGCCAUCGGAGGAUCAAAACCCCGCGUAACCACCCCCAAAGUGGUAACCUACAUCCGCGAGCUAAAACAGAAAGAUCCCGGCAUAUUCGCGUGGGAAAUCCGCGACCGGUUGCUGUCGGAUGGCGUAUGCGACAAAAACAACGUGCCUAGCGUCAGUUCCAUCUCGCGGAUCCUGCGGAACAAGCUGGGGAACAUCACGCACCAUCACAGCGGCAGCCAUACCCCGCACACAACCCACCUGUACAACUCGAUCUAUCCCUCCUACCCGUACACGACCAACUCGCUCAAAUCGGAACUGUCCUGCGGCGGAAGCCCGUCACCUCCGACGGGGGUAACCCCGAUGCGAUCACCCCACCACCACCAUCACUGCUGGCCCUCGUCCCACUCGGUAACGGACAUCCUGGCGAACGUACACCACCAGGCAGCGGUAGCUGCCCUGCGGAACGGCGGUAACCCUGGAUCACAGUGCCACACAACGCCACCGCCUCCCUCGCUUGGGUCCGUCGUACCGAACAUGGCCGGCAAUAUGCAGCACCAGAUGCAGGACACUUCCCACCACCAGACGCCCCCCAACUCGUACAAUUACUACAUGUAUCUGCAGAGCGGUGGGAUGCACCACGGGGGGCUUGCCAGUGCCAGCGGUUUAUAGGAGGGGUCGCCAUGGCCUCCCAUGAUGGCUACCCAGACCAGUGUGCUAUUCUAAGAGGGGCGAGCGCGUACGCACGCGAGCGAGUAAGGCGUCGGUGUCAGGGAGGCAAACCGGGCUGCUGCUCGUCGGAUUAGGUGUAGAUAAGCGAUUUGUUUUUUAAAUUUCUUGUGUUUUUGUGUGGGCGAAUCGGGAGGUGUAGUUCGAGCGAUUGUUUGGGAAGGUAGCUGGCGGGAAUGGGCUGCUGAAAAAAAGUGUGUGAGAGAUUGAAUGAGUAUUUUAGCGAGCUAAGUGAGACGAAAUGAAAAGCCAGUGCAAUAUAUGAACAUAAUGUCCAGUUGUUUGAACUGAUAUUGAUUCAGUAGCUACUUUUUGUUUUUUUUUUAGAUUUUUCUAAGUUAGCUGGAAUAAUUGGUCUUGGCGACAUAGCGAACAAAGCGUGCCGUGGGCAUCUCUAUUGUUACAGUAAGCAGUUGACGUUUGAGGGUUUCUCUUUCUUGCAAUUUUUGUUUCACUGAUUUUCAGUAAAGCCCAUAAUUUUGCCGACAAUCAGCAAGUCAAUAGAAUUUGAUAGCUGAAACAAUCAAGGAUAGAAUGGCAAUUUUGCCGAGUUUCAGCAAAUCAAACUGAUAGUUUGGCAAAUUUUGACAGUUUUGAAUUGCUGUAAUUUCAGCUGAAUAUUUUUGGAUUUGAUGGAAGUAUUGCUCGGCAAAAUCCAGCAACAUUUUGCUGAUAUUCGGCAAUCAAAAUUUAGUGUGUACGGAUAGCAACUACAGUCGGAAUCGAUAUCUUUCAUGUUGAUUUUAAAACUCAAGCUUUUUUUUAUAGAUUUUAAUCCCCAAUUAAUUUACCUAAAAACUGACAAGUUCAGCCUAAAUUCUCUGGUUGGUAUGCGAUUUUUUUCACCAUUUUAAAAUUUUUCUUACGGGAACCAAGUUGAAAUAUUUUAAAAAAUAAAAAUACGGCUUAACGUCCUCGAUGCUUUGGAUUCAUUAAAAAUUAUUUAUUUAAAUCUAAACUGUGACAUUAAAAAAUUUGAUUUUUGCAUGAGAGACAAUAAUUAUACUUAAAAAAUUCACAUCCAUAAUUUUAAAAAAAUGCUAGAUCAACGACAAGUUGACAAAAUAUCGUGAACUCUGAGGCGAGAUGGUGGAGCUCGGGCCCAUAGGAGCGAUAUUAUACGCACGACCAAACAACGUGCUUGAUGUCUUGAUAACCCUGGCCACGAAUGUAUAGAGUGUGAAUCGAAUAGUGAUUGGAUAUCUGCUUCCGCGAGUACUUAAGUAUGUAGUUUCUUACGCUCCUUGGCCCAGUAUUUUUCUCGGCUCACCAUAUGCCGUUCCUUGUCCUAACGUGUAGCCGCUGCAAACAUUCGAUUUGUAGCCUAGUUUUUUCGUCUGUCUCUCUUUGACACUCGCAGACUAACAGACAUAACACUCGAAAAUAAUGUUUUGCCCACUUUAACGGUCAUCUGGAAUAUAUUUGUAGUUGGCACUGCGGCCGCUUUUGAAAUUAUGGCGCCACUGACAUAUGAACAAGUAUAUGGGGGAUAGACCACUAGUGAAAAAUUGUUCCCAAGCCUGAGGGGUAAGCCACCAGCAAAUAAUUGUUUGGAACCGUGAAUAAAAGAUGGAGUUAGUGUUCUGGGUAAAUUGACGGAUCGAUAAUUUUUAAAGGAAAUUCCUUCAUAGUGUUGUUUCUGUUAGCCUGUGACUCAAUUUCGAACCCAUAAUGACGUUGAUUUCCACGUGUAUUACUUAACAACUCUGUGGCAAUAACAUCAUAACAAGGAACAACGAGAGAUAUAAUUGAGAAAUGUUUUUGUUCUGUUCGCUAUGAUCGGGUACUGACGGGAUUCUCUCAGGAGGCCACGAUUUUGCUGGACAAUUUUAUACGAAUCUUAUACACCAGUGGUCAGAGCCGGUGUCCGGUCUUUGGAAUCGGAGAAAUGUUGACCAUCUAUUGAAAUCUGGUCGGUUUGAGAGCAUAUUUUGCUCAAACUGUAAUAAUUUACACCGGCCUUUCUGCCCCUUUUAUGGCUAUACCACGCUGUAGAAAACUGCUGAAAUGAAGAAAUUUGGUGUCAGCGGUAGUUUGUACAGUUGUUUCGAUCCUAGCACAGAGAGAUAAUAGAUGUCAUUGGAGAUUGUCAGGUCAGGUCACUUUCACGUCUACGUCAGGGAAGCUUCCUCGGACCGUUGAAGUUUCCUUGUUUACUUCAAUGGCUUGUAUUUAGUGCUGAAGACUCUUCACCAGUCUUUCACGGAUAAUCCCAAAAUAUUUCAUCUUGUCGAAAACACCGUCUUUCUAAGUUACGCUCUUGAGAUGUAUCAUAAUUUACCAGGUCCUAAAAGUUUCUGCGCUCACUAGCGCCGCAUAGUGAGAGUAUUCUAAACUAAUCGUUGAGUCGUUCUCGACAUCUCAAGAAACUUUGUUAAAGAUAUCACCCUUCUAAACUGCCUUUAUGUUUAGAUGCAGAAAUUGAAAGAAAAAAUGCGUGCUCACUAGUGUCUCCAAGCGGGUUAAUCCAAAAUAAACAGCACUUGUCCCUCUGGACAACUUUAUCAAAAACAGCGUCAUCCUAAAUUAUCGGACUUUAGAAAUAUAUCUAUAAUGUUGAGAAAGUUGCAUUCUCAUUAGCGACGCCUAGUGGGAAAGCUCAGAACUAAUUUAUUCGCCUUAAGACAGAGCUCAACCUGUCUAUGAAUAUUGCCAAAGACACCACCCUUCCAAUUGAUCAUCAUCUCGAGAUACAGGAUAUGAAAAAUAAUGCUCACUAGCGCCAACUGGCGGGUACAUUCAACUUUAAUCUAUCCAUAAUCGAGUAGCCUUUGACCUCCUCAAGAACUUUGCCGAAAACACCAUCUUUCUAAGUUAUUAGACUUUUGAGAUAUAUCAUAAUCUACCAUAUGUUGAAAGCUUCUAGCGCCGCAUAGUGAGAGUAUUCCAAACUAAUCUGUUACCGUUGGGUACUCCUCGACCUCUCGAGCAACUUUGCUAAAGACAGUACUACUCUAUCUAAUCGCGAUGUUGAGAUAUAGAAUUAUUUUGACAUGUGUUGCUUAUUUGCAUUAGCACUAGCGCCGCCUAGUGGGGUAAUUUCGAGUUUUACUUUCUACCAUCCACCCAGUGAGCAAAUUUUCUGGCAGAGACCGCUCUGCUAGAUUUCUGUAAGUCUUGGUUUGGCAGCCCUGACAGAUUUCUGCGCGUAUUCUGUCGGGUUAGUUGAGCUAGGGCGAACUCGGUUUCGCUCGCGUUUUCUGGCAAAUUUUAACAGGAACUGAGCAAAACCCUGGCAUAACUCGGACAUAAACUGUGCAAAGAUCCUGGCAAUUCCUACCUGGUAGAAUUUAGCACGAAUCGAGCAAAACAUCUGACAAAGAUGUGGCAGGAAGCGUGCAGAGAUCUUGGCCGUACAUUCAGACCCUUCUUGUCAGGGCAGCCUAGGUGCUCCUACCAGAAUUUCGGAUUUUCGUUACAAAACAAAAAAAGGUAAACAAACAAAAUAAAUUAAUACAUUUACCGACUUUUAUUCUCCUCUGCUAUACUAUGCACUGCUGGAUCUCGUCGAUCCGCUGCUACUGUUGGCGGUUUCUUCCGACUGGCCGGGACUACAAUUGCUCCUUUGUUGGAAUCUCCCUAGCGACGUUGGCAACGAAUCGCCCGAUCGUUUACUCGCCGUAAACGAUCCCAGAAGUCACCGCAGUGCACUUCCCAGGGGGAGCCAUUGCCCUACCUGCUUCCCUCUCCUUGGCUGUUAACUGUAGAGGAGAGCAAGACUCAGGAUCUUUAACGAUUAGCCGGGGAAGCGAAAAAUCCUUGGCACUUAGCUGUCCCACUUCGGCGAUCUAUUGAGUGCUCGGACCACGGGCCGGCACUUUUCGAUAGGACUUUUCACUGUUCUAUCAUAGUUACGGUGGCGGGAAACUGUCCCGAAAAAAAACUAUUUUUUAGACGUCUAUUCUAAACCGUGGUCCGUCACUUACUUUCUCCUUUUUACGAUAGCCGCCUUCUGCACUCGACCAUGACAAAACAUCAUCGAUGAGCAGCAUAACCAGCGCACACGUAUUUUCGCAAGAGGAGAGCGGUAGCCUAGCUAAACCCCCUAUGCUCAUUAUACACAAAUAUUAAACAAAAAUUACUACACCUAUCUGCACAAACAAAACCGUUCACAAACGCGAAAGUGAACGAAAAUUUGUGAACGGUAUCGAACAGCAGUGAACAUAAAAUUAUGUAAACAAAUACACUCUACGGAGAGAGUACCCACAAAUAGGUACAUUUCCACCCAGUGCUAAAUUGUUACCCUGACGGGUUACAGAGGGAAGUGUAACACGACCGUAAGGUGACGUUUUUGACAUUGAAAAUGUCUUACUGCACUAUCUGGGGCAGGAUGUCAUUCUAAAAUCUAAAAUCAAACGAUGUCACGUUUUUGCGUCACUAUUUUGAACGCUAAUAACUUUGUUAUUUAUGAACGGAUUUCCGUCUGGUUAUCACCAAACAAUUCGGAAUUAGCUGAAAUUGUUUUAUUGCUAUAGUGUUUUUACAUUUCAAUAGCACACUAUUGAAAAACAAGCAAAUAUGAACAGAUCUCGGAAAACGUGAAAACUCCCAUACAUCAGUCAAUCUAUCCCCGUCAGAGCCGUCAAUAGGGAGCACCUUAGUCACUCAAACGAACACGAAAAGUUAUAAAUAAAUGUACCGCGUGCCUGUUUGAAUCAGUCGUUGCUCUUUUGAUAGACAAGUAACAUCGUGCCAUUAGCGUCUCGUACGACAGAUUUGAGCACCCAGCACACUACGCUUCUAUGAAUGACGUCAUCCUCGACUAUUUAAAAAAAUAUCAUUCCUCGAGCGAGUUCAUGCAUGCAUGUUGACAAUGCGCUGCGAUGAGUGCUGCAUUUGAUCACUGCUACACAAGUACUGCGGCGUCAGUCCAUUUAUUACUCUGAAGAUGAAAACAAGUGUGUUAUAUUCAAUACGUUGCUGAAUUGACAUCCAUUGUAAACAAUUGAGCAUCAAAUGUCGCGGAGUUAGUCUGUCACGUCGUAGUAACAGUCGCAUUACUUUGUUUUGUAAAAUCUGCAUUCGCAUACGCUGUUUCUUGGAUGCUAAGAAUAGAAUGGGGAGCUAUUAUGGUCUUGUAAACAGUUAUCUUUGAGUCAAAUAUGAGAAACCUAUUAAUCCUACAAAGAACGCCGGAUUGUAUAGUUCACGUGCUCAUUAAAACUUAGUUUUUCGUCCAAUGUGACCCCAAGAUAUUUGAAAGUUGCAACUAGUUCAGCUAUCUCUCCAUCUAUUUCAACUGUUGCAGUACUUUCAUUUAUCUGCCGCGUGGUUACAAUCAUAUAUUUGGCCUUGGAAAUGUUCAGUUUGAGUUUUUUCCACUUUAACCAAUCACUAAACUUCGUCAGCUCAAGGUUCAUGAUGCACUCGUCGAAACUAUUACCGAUGAUAAACAAAACUGUGUCAUCGGCAAACAGGUUUAUUUCCGCAUUUUACAAAAAUUUUCUCAUGUCGUUAAUGUAUAGGAUAAACAGAAGUGGUCCUAGUACACUACUCUGUGGAACACCAAGGUUAACUUCGGCUUCCGAUGAUGUAGCGCGGUUAUACCUUGUAACUUGCGUACGUCUUUCUAAGUAACGCUGUUUCACAUGAAUGAUUUUUCCGGAAUCCUGAUUGUUCACAGCAGUAUACUGGCACUAUCUACAUAGCCCAUCAAUUGCUCUUUAACGACCGUCUCUAAUACUUUCUCGUAGAUCGGUAGCAUGUUUAUUGGCCUGUGAUCCUCUGCUCGUGACGCAUUUGGCACUUUUGGAACUGGAAUUACGACCGUCUUUUUCCACGCUUCCGGAAAAACACCUUGCCAGAGCGACUCAUUGACAACUGUUAACAGUUUAUCAGCAAUUAUGUCAAACGCAUCCACCAGCUCCCGUUUGGUAACAUUGUCCGUGCCCGAACAAUUUUUAAGGUCUGAGACAAGUUCUUCAAGUUAGAGCAUAUUGAUAGGCUUGAAAACACAGAAAACUGAUUUUUGGUUUUCUCGCUUUCCUUCACUAGUCGCCCUGUAGGUGGUGGAAUGGCUUCGUGAAUCUCUUCAACGCUUUUGAUAAAAAACUAAAUAAGUUUUUUUUCCGUAACUUCGUCAGAAUACACCUCGUUCGAACCAUCAAAAAUAAUCUUUGAAUUUUUCCCAUCUCCAGGUUUGAUAAGAGCUUUCAAACAUUUCCAGAGCCUUUUGGAGUCGCCAGCACAUUCAUUUAUUUCUUGCUGAACUGAUAGGUUUUUUGCUAAACUAAGUUCACGCACAUAGUUGUUGAGUAGGAUUUCAUGUUGCCAGCCAGCUCUCGGAACUUUUUGUUUCUUUAAAUAAUCUAUACGCACUAUCUCUUUGGGAUUUCAUCGAUGCCAAACAAGGUCCAAACCAUUUAUUUGGUCUGGAGGAAUUAUUUACACGAACUUCGGUUAAUUGAGCUACUGCAUUUGUCAAAGUGGAACCAAGAACUUGGGCUUUUCCCUCAACUGAUGCUAUAUCAUUCAAAAGCGUUCUGUCGCUUCUAAGAAUGCUUUGUUCUAAGAAUGCUUUUUUGUCUAGAGUACAUUUUCCAAGAUACAUGUGUGCUAUUGCGAUCUGGAAAGUACAACUUCGGAGAACCAGUAAAAGCUACUCCGAUUGUCUCAUGGUCAGUGAUUUUCCACUCUUCUAAAAUUUUAGCUUCGCACUCCAAAUCGCAAGUCAAUCACACUGCUACUCCUGAGGCAAACACUGGUAUGUUCCGAAACUUUUUGCUUCAUUCCUACGGCAUCUACUAUUGUUUUCAGUUCUCGAGAAUAACCACGUUCACCCCACUGGAUAUUUAAAUCUCCACCAGCGAUAUUUAUUUUCUCCUCCAAAAUAAUUUCCUGUAACCAUUCUUCAAACGCUUCCAGGAAAUCUCGGUGGCUUCCACUUGGUGAAUGGUAAACUCCUCCGUAGAUACCCGGAAAACUAGCAUGCUUAAUUUCUACUGCCAAAAACCAGUUAUCGACGACCGUUUUGUUGGAAAUUGUUUCGAAUUCUAGACAUUCAACUAUGUAUAUCAAAACUCCUCCAGUAUGCACCGAUCUGAAAAAAGCUCACCAAUUUAUAUCCUGAGAUAGAAAACUCAUCCAUAUCCGGGUUUGAGUCAAAUGGGUCUCUGUCAAUUCGACUAGCUUUGGUUUCACACGGCCAAUAAGAAGCUUUAGCUCAACAAAGUGUGCCCUCGAAUUGCGAUAAUCUUCAUCCAGUCCCAUUCACACGGUGUCCAGAAUCUCGAUGCUGAUUGUCGUCGUAUUCCGCCAGGUAAAUCUGGACGAGCAGAAUAAACUCGAUCGGAACCGCCGGGGUAGGCCCGAAUUGGAGCGUAAUGGGAAAAUACAGUCGUGAUUCGCUGGUUGGGCCACAGCCUCUGUCCUACAAACGAAUUUUAGCUUCUUUCUACGUUUCCUGGAGAUGUGAACAUCACGUCUGCACCAAAUGCGCGUAGAUUACGAACGUUAGAUUGAGAUUUACUAGGGAUGUCGCGGUUUGGACUCCGAAAUUCCAACUUUGCCCAUACCGACUUGUACUACCGGACAAUCCAUUCAAACGUUAGAAAAUUAUACAACCACCACUGCGUUGAAACGUUUCUUCUGGAAGUGGAGGCGACGAACAAUUUCGUAAAAAAACCUCUUUACGUGCCAACCAGAUGCUCUUCGGAGACUCCUGGCCCUGAAUGUAUUCCCGAAUGUUGUCGUUGCUCAUCCGUAAAUCCGUAACGACUUGCGAAGGCCAUUCUUUUUCGUUCGCUUCCCCUGGACGCUAUCUUUUUAGUCUCCCGAGCAACGUACUCCUGACGCUCAUGCUCCUGCAGGAGAACCAAUAUCCGGAACUUCCAUUGCGGAAAAUUCGACCCGUGGAACCGUUGCUCUUUGCACUCGCACAAUUUCGACUUCGCGCUCCUUUCUUUAUUUCCGGUAAUCACGCUCACUAAACCCACAAAAUAAUGGGAUUUAGGCAGGUAGUGAUAACGGAAAUACACUUUGCGCUAGUAGAUAUAACUUUAUUUUUGUUCACAACUUUUAAUGUUUGUUAUUAUAUACAAAUGAAAAACACGCGCCUACCAAACCGAUCGAAUUUGGGUGACAGCUCGAUUGCUAAGUGGGUUCGGUCACACUGGUCGAAACAACAGAGGUAAUACCAAUCUCAACAAACAAUUAGUCGAAAUUCAUUAACCAACAACAUAAAUUGUUGAUUUUUUCGUGAAUGAAUUUAGUAAGUUUCAUUGGUCAUACAAGCCAAAAAAGUGUUGCCAAUGUACUAAAAAACCCUUAUCCGUCAACAGCUUAUAUAGACAGUGGAGAAGCUUCCCCUGUGGUUGAAUCAAACGACAAGAGACAACCAACACACGCCCAACUAAUUGUAGUUUGCCAUGGAAUAAAAAAACUCGCAGAUUUCGUUCUGUCACAAAACGAACCAGAAACAGACUAUGAAAACGUGAAAAAUGUGCACACAUCCAAAAACGACAAAUUCAGGAACAAUCGAAACAAAUAAACCAGCUUAAAACAAAAACAAAUAAACAACUGACAGUACAAAACAAAAUGAUAACAAAUAAGAAAGAGUUUGGGGAUUCCUUUAGAAGACAAACUAAAACAUAUUUCGAUACAAAAUAUAUUGAUAGAAUACAAGCAAAAAUCUCGCCCCUAACUCAACACAGAAAAGUAGCGAAGUUCUUAGCUCAAAAGGUUGUAAUUAAUUGAAGAAGAAAAAACUGAAUCGGCAAGUGAAAACAGAACCUACACAACAACUACUUUUUCUGUUUGGGAACAACUAAAAGCAAGUACAACAAACCUAUAUCAUAUGUUAAAAAGAACGAAAAGAAAUUUAGUAACGAGUAGAGCUGAGCAAGGAAAAUAGAAAUCAAGACAAAAGCAAUAUUUUACUAAAACGACAACAAGUUCAUAACCAAACAAAAUGUAUAAGAAAAAGUGUAUUCGAACAUCGGUAGUAGUCGUGAGUAUGGGACAGAUGUAGCGAAAAUUUAUUUUAAACUGUACAGAGAAAAAACAAGCACUAAACAAAAAAAGCAGGCAAAAAUGGAAACCACUUUAGAAUUACACAUUUAAAUUAAACUAUGCAUAAAAAAGAAAGAUGUAAUAAAUAUCCCCAGAUGUGUGCCUUUUUCUAUAACAUAUACACAGAGAAAGUAAACAAAACGGCAAACUUGUACAUAGCAGCAACAACAACAACAAAAACA